UGGUUGCUUGGUUACGAAUUUCCUUCUACUCUAUUCUUGUUUCAAAAAGACAAGAUAUCGAUAUUAUGCUCAGCUUCAAAGGCUAAAAUUCUGGCCCAAAUCGAGAACAUCGCGGGAAUACCUUCGAUCGAGAUUUUUGCUCAACCAAAAACGAAAGAUUCUGCGAACGAUGCUCUUCCCAGGUUUUUCGACAUUUACAAAUCCACACAACGUGUCGGUACCCUUAUGAAAGAAUCGCAUUCAGGAAAGCUCGCUUCAGAGUGGAAAAAACUUCUCUCUGAUUCCUCCGUGACAUGUGAGCAGGUGGACAUUGCGCCUGCUGUCUCAGCGUUCAUGGCGGCGAAAGAUGAUGAAGAGCUGAAAUCUGUGCAAGCAGCUGCUUCUCUGACGUCGACCCUUUUGAAAUAUCAUGUUGCGCCGAAGUUGGAGUCAAUUCUUGACAAGGAGUCGAAGACCACCCAUGACAUGUUUGCUGCUCAAAUUGAAGCCCGCCUUGGAGACUCUGCCAAGGGCCCGGAUAUGAAAGUAUGGAGUCGAUUUAAAGGACAUCCCGACAUUGACUUCCCAUCUCUCGAGUUCUGCUAUCCCCCCAUCGUCAUAUCAAAGUCUUCAAAAUCUGGAUAUGACCUUCGCUAUACCGUAGAGUCUAGCGAUGAUAAUAUUGCUCACAAGGGUGUCCUACUGGUCUCGUUAGGACUUCGAUAUAAGUCGUAUUGUACAAACAUUGCAAGGACAUUCAUCGUGGAUCCUAAUACUGCACAAGAAAUGCAAUAUAAUCUUCUACUUUCUCUGCAGUCUGAGCUGAUCGCGACCAUGAAGGAUGGUGUGUCAGUUCGUGAUGUUUACCAGCAUGCUCUUGCGUAUAUCAGAGAGAGGCAGCCAGACUUAGAGAAGCAUUUCGUGAAGAACCUCGGAUUUGGAAUGGGCAUUGAAUUUCGUGAUUCGGCAUACGUUCUUUCUUCAAAGAGUGCCCGUACGCUGAAAAAGAACAUGAUCUUCAACCUUGACCUUGGGUUUUCAGACCUCACUGACAGCAACGGUCAGAAAUACUCUCUUCAUCUCGCCGAUACUGUGAAGAUCGAUACUUCAGCCUCGGUACUGAUGACCGAAGGAUCGAAAUCACCGAAAGAUACUCUUUUUUUCCUCAAUCCUGAGAGCGAAGAUGAGAAACCGAAGGGGAAGGACAAGAAUCGCGCUUUUGUUCCAAAAGCCAAUGGAUCACCGACCAAGCAAAAAACAAUUGCCGGAAAGGUUCUUCGAAACCAAACGCGAAGGGCUGCUCAAGACGAAGUACAUCAGACAGCUUUGGCCAAACUUAUCGAACAUCAGCGUGAACUUCAUGAGAGACUACAAGCUGAUGGCCUUCAGAAGUUCUCCGAAGAUGGUGGAGGUAAUGGUGGGAAAGAAGGAAAAGGCUGGAAAAAAUUUCAGAGCUACAAGGGUGAAGGCGCCUUGCCAAUUGAAGUUGAGAGGUUACGGAUUCAUGUUGAUCGCAAAACCCAGACAGUAAUCCUACCCAUACACGGGUUUGCGGUUCCAUUUCACAUUAAUACCAUCAAGAAUGCUAGUAAGAGUGACGAAGGCGACUUCACAUAUUUACGAAUCAAUUUCCAAACACCGGGCCAACUCGCUGGAAAGAAGGAGGACACCCCUUUCGAAGAUCCAGACGCGACGUUCAUUCGUUCUGUCUCGUACCGAUCACCGGAUGGCCACCGCUUUGACAACAUUUGCAAGCAAAUCACGGAUCUGAAGAAGGAGGCAAAUAAGCGGGAGCAACAGAAGAAAGAAAUGGCGGAUGUCAUUGAGCAAGGAUCCCUAGUGGAGAUUAAGGGUAGAAGACCUGCGAAAAUGACGGAGGCCUUCAUUCGACCCGCUCUUGAUGGUAAAAGAUUGCCUGGAGAAGUUGAGAUCCACCAGAACGGCAUCAGGUAUCAAUCACUUGGUUCACAGAAAGUUGAUAUCCUGUUCAGCAACGUCAAACAUCUCUUCUUUCAACCCUGCGACCACGAGCUGCUAGUUGUCGUCCACCUAAAUUUGAAGGCGCCUAUCAUGAUUGGAAAGAAGAAAGCAUUCGAUAUCCAAUUUUUUAGAGAAGCCACAGAUGUGCAGUUCGACGAGACUGGAAACCGGAAGCGAAAGCAUCGGUAUGGGGAUGAAGACGAAAUUGAGAUGGAGCAACAAGAAAGAAAGAGGCGAACUCUCCUCAACAAAGAAAUCAAGGCAUUUGCCGAAAAAAUCGCAGAAGCGGCCUCAGCUUCGACUCUGGAACUUGACAUACCCUUCCGAGAAUUGUCUUUUGAGGGGGUCCCAUUCCGAACUAGUGCUCGUCUCCAGCCAACAACUGAAUGUCUAGUCCAUUUGACGGACCCUCCCUUCCUCGUUGUGACUUUGGCGGAAAUUGAAAUCGCAUCGUUAGAGCGGGUUCAAUAUGGCUUAAAGCAAUUUGAUCUCGUUUUCAUCUUCAAGGACUUCACGAAGACACCUCUGCAUAUCAAUUCUAUUCAAAGCUCUCAGAUGGAUGAUGUCAAGAAUUGGCUUGACUCUGUCGAUAUCCCGAUGAGCGAGGGCCCCGUAAACUUAAAUUGGGGUCCAAUCAUGAAGCACAUCAAUGAAAGCCCCUAUGAAUUCUUCCAACAGGGCGGUUGGACUUUUCUUGGGGGAGCAGGGGGUGUGGAGAGUGAUCAUUCUGAGGCGUCAGACUCCGAGUCUGAAUUCGAGGCUGAUGAAGAAGAACUCGUAUCAGUUGCGAGUAGUGACGAUGCUAGUGACUUCAAUGAUUCCAAUGCCAGUGGCAGUGAUGCAAGUGGCUCUGACUUUGGUGGCGGGGAUGAUGAAAGCGAUGAAGGUGAUGAUUGGGAUGAGCUAGAGAGGAAAGCGGCAAAAGCUGAUCAAAAACGAGCCGAAGGGGGUCGAAAAGCUGGUUCCGACGAUUCUGACAAUGACCGUCCAAAGAAAAAGGCGACGUCAAAGCCCAAUGGCAAAACUAAAGGCAAACGUUAGACAACGCUUGACAUUUAUAUGCCCUUGAUUCUAUGUACCAUAACACGUCAUUUAUUUUGAUCCCUAAGGGUGU